CUAACAUCGACGCAGCAGUAGCACUACUACCAUCCUUAUGUUCCAUUCCUUCCUGCUUCUAAUUUCUUUCGAUUAGUUUUGAAGGAGUUGUGAUGUCAGCCCCAAAAAUUAUCAUACAAAUUCUCGUCACAGGUGCACAAAUUUUCGGAAAGGCGCUAUUUGAAGCAGGAAAGCAGGCGGCCAAAAAUGCAAAGCAUACCCCGGAAGGCGCGAUAGGAUCAGAUAUUGCAGGCGUUCGGAAUGCUACCUCUGGCUCUUUGACAGAUAAACUUACCCGAGAACACCGUAUGACACUGGACGAGGCCCAUCUUAUUCUGAAUCUAAAGCAAGGAGAAUCCCUUGAGAAUGUGUUGAAGAAUUACGAACAUUUAUUCAAGGUAAACGGUCCCCGGCCAGCCCCAGACCCACCGACAACUGGGGCAAAAGCGGGAAAACAGCCUGCUCCGCCUACACAUUCUCAUUACCUUCAGUCGAAAGUUGUGCGUGCCCGGGAGCGUAUCGAGGCAGAGAUGCGCGUUGCGAAGGAGGAAGAUUCAAUGCCUCCGCCUCCUUCGGGUUCAGCACAAGGGAACACGGGAGGCUUGAGUUAACUUCUCUCGUGAUUACUUAUAUCCGCUUUCCAUACGUUUUGUUGAUUUUAGAUAAACCUAAUGCACAUCCCAAUUCACUCAC